AUGGUUUUGAGGGUACUUAUGAAGAGCAUGUGUGAUAUGUGUCAUAUUGAGAAUGGUGAAACUCCAACUGAGUGGAAAAACAGGAUCUGGAAUCUCCUAAUGUAUUUUCGAAAUAAAAAAUAUUAUACAUAUGAUAAGGAAGAUUGCUUUUAUGCUCAUAAAGCAUUGCCACAUCUUGUUGAUGAACAAACAUACUCACUGAAAUGUGGAAUGGCAAUCAACUG